AUGCAGACUUUCAUCGACACGUCUCCUUCUACCCACAUUCUUCUACCCACAGCCUUCUACCCACAGCCUUCUACCCACAGCCUUCUACCCACAGCCUUCUACCCACAGCCCCCUACCCACAGCCCCUACCCACAGCCCCCUACCCACAGCCCCCUACCCACAGCCCCCUACCCACAGCCCCCUACCCACAGCCCCCUACCCACAGCCCCCUACCCACAGCCCUCUACCCACAGCCCUCUACCCACAGCCUUCUACCCACAGCCUUCUACCCACAGCCUUCUACCCACAGCCUUCUACCCACAGCCUUCUACCCACAGCCUACUACCCACAGCCCCCUACCCACAGCCCCCUACCCACAGCCCCCUACCCACAGCCCCCUACCCACAGCCCCCUACCCACAGCCCCCUACCCACAGUCCACAACCCACAGCCUUCUACCCACAGCCCCCUACCCACAGUCUUCUACCCACAGCCCCUUACCCACAGCCCCUUACCCACAGCCCCUUACCCACAGCCCCCUACCCACAGCCCCCCACAGCCCCCUACCCACAGCCUCCACCCACACCCACACAGCCCCCUACCCACAGCCCCCUACCCACAGCCCCCUACCCACAGCCCCCCUACCCACAGCCCCCUACCCACAGCCCCCUACCCACAGCCCCCUACCCACACCCCCCUACCCACAGCCUUGUACCCACAGCCUCCUACCCACAGCCUUCUACCCACAGCCCCCUACCCACAGCCUCCUACCCACAGCCCCCUACCCACAGCCUUCUACCCACACCCCCCUACCCACACCCCCCUACCCACAGCCUUGUACCCACAGCCUCCUACCCACAGCCUCCUACCCGCACCCCCUACCCACAGCCUCCUACCCGCAGCCUCCUACCCACAGCCCUCCUACCCACAGCCCCCUACCCACAGCCCCCCAACCCCUACCCACAGCCCCCUACCCGCAGCCCCCUACCCACAGAUGGACAAUACUUUAAAUCCCACUGACGAUACUUUAAUGCCCCUCGAGGAGAUUAUUUAUUAG